AUCUCUCGCUUACCUACAUCGUCUACAGCUUCUUAUAAAGGGCUUAGAACUUAACUACUUCUCAGCCUAAUCUCUUACGAAUACUUCCUCAAACAUGAAAUUCUCGCAUUCAUUACGGUUCAAUGCGGUUCCUGAAUGGAUCGAUAAUUACGUUGCUUACGACCAGUUAAAGAAGCUUAUUUUCCAACUCGAGAAAGAAAAGGUCGAUGCAAUAAAUGAAACAGUCGACCCCGAGAAGCACAUCUCAAACCUUUCACAGGCCAAGGAAGAUGAUCGAUUCCUGAAGCAGCUAGAUAUGCAACUUGAUAAAGUGUUUGACUUUUAUUCACAAAAAGAAUCAGAACUGUAUACACAGCUUGACAUGCUCGUAGCUGCCAUUGAGGAUUACAUUCCAGUACAACAACAGCGUCAUCACACGAGACAUGCAGAAUACAACACGCCGUUGACGCAUCUUGACUCGACCAUCAAUUUACCGAGCAACAAGGUGAGCAAUGCAAACAAUCAUACCCUCAACAUUUUUGAUAACAAAUCGGAUAAAUCGAGUGACCGAAGAAUGUCCAUCGAGUCCCGGUUAACAACGUUAUCUACAAAAGAUACCCAUCACCACAUCGAUUAUGUGGAACAAUUAGCAGAUCUCCGCAGUCAACUCGUUUCAUUGUACGUCUCCUUAUCCGAGCUUGAUUCUUAUGUCGAAUUAAACCGCAUGGCAUUCGAUAAAAUCCUGAAAAAGCAUGAUAAAGUGCUGGACGGCAAUCUCAGAACACAAUACCUCAAAAAAAUGGUCCUUAGUUCUAGACCCUUCAUGACAGAAACAAGAGCUACGCUUCGAACGCAAAUUCAACGCGUGGAGCGCAUCUAUGCGGAUGCCUUUUGUCAUGGGCAAGUUGAACUUGCUAUACGUCAAAUGAAGACACAUUUGCAUGAUCAAAUCACGUAUGACCGUAAUACAGUGUGGAAAGACAUGAUAGGCCAAGAGCGCAAGACGUUGGAUGCGCAUGUGAAGGACAGCAAGGGCCUCCAUACCUACAAAGUGCCCUUUACCUCCCUCAGCAUCCGCAGCGAGACACUCAACAGUCUCGUUGCCUUUCUCUUCUCGAUUCUCUUGUUUGUCAUCCUCCUCUGCGUAGACACUUUUGGUAACCGUCAGGAAAACUACUGCUUUGCCUUACUUAUGUUUGCAGCUGUGAUGUGGGCUACUGAAGCCAUUCCGUUGUAUGCCACCUCUUUGAUGCUACCCUUCCUGAUUGUGCCUCUGGGUAUUCUGAAAAACGCCGACGGUACAGCGAUGACAGCCAAAAACGCCGCCUCGACCGUCUUUCACUCCAUGUUCAGUGGCACGAUCAUGAUGCUCUUGGGUGGGUUUGCACUCGCUGCCGCACUUUCAAAAUACGGCAUCGCUAAAGCAUUUGCUUCUCAUGUCUUGUCUCGUGCUGGCACUCGUCCUCGUUGGGUCCUGUUGGCUAUCAUGUCGGUUGCAUUAUUUUUAUGCAUGUGGAUUUCGAAUGUAGCUACUCCUGUUUUAUGCUUCUCGCUCAUCCAACCCAUAUUACGUACUUUACCCGAUGGCUCGCCUGUGGCACCCUGUCUUUUACUGGGUAUUGCUUUGGCCAGUUGUAUUGGUGGUAUGACGUCUCCAAUUUCUUCUCCACAGAACAUUGUCGCUUUGCAAUACAUGGACCCCAAUCCAGGGUGGGGCAUUUGGUUCGGUGUCGCCUUGCCCAUCUCCGUCUUGAGUGUUGUGGUUUGCUGGGGCAUUUUAUUAUUGGCGUACAAACCCGAUCGUGCCGUUCCCCACCUCAAUAAAAUCAAGCCCACCCGGGAUAAGAUCACGGGACCGCAAGUCUUUGUCAUGUUGGUGACGAUGGCGACCAUUGCCCUUUGGUGCGCAGAGUCCGCUCUGGAGAGCCAUUUGGGCGAUACAGGUGUCAUUGCCGCCAUCCCUCUCUUUGUGUUUUUUGGUGCUGGUUUAUUAAACAAAGAGGAUCUGAAUGCCUUUUUGUGGUCUGUCGUCGUGUUGGCACAAGGAGGUAUGGCGCUUGGAAAUGCUGUGACGUCCUCUGGCCUUCUUCAAGACAUUGCCUUGCGUAUCAAAGACGGCGUCCAAACUUUACCACCCAUUGCCAUUUUGGCUAUUUUUGCUUUCCUCAUUUUGGUAUUCUCUACCUUUGUAUCGCAUACAGUAGCAGCACUUAUUAUUGUUCCUAUUGUUCAGCAAGUCGGUCAAAACCUGCCUGUGCCCCAUCCUAAUUUGUUGGUGAUGGGAGCUGGUUUAGCUUGCUCUGCUGGCAUGGGUUUACCUGUGUCAGGCUAUCCCAACAUGUCGGCCAUCAUGAUGGAAGAUCAAACGGGUAAACCGUAUUUGAAAACAAAAGACUUUAUCUUGAUCGGUGUUCCUACAAGUAUUGUCGUUACAUUGCUUAUUUUUACGCUUGGUUAUGGUAUUAUGGUUGGUGUUGGCUACUAAUUUUAAAACAUCUCUGCUAUUUAUUUCAUUUUGUUUCUUUCAUUUCAUCAACAAACAUGCAGUCAACGAUAGAGACAAAUCGUUCGAUAGAAUAUACCACGCUUUUUUUGCCCCUCUCUUCCUAGAAUAAAAAAAAAUGAUACUUUUUUAAAAAAAAAACCCAAAAAACAAUAGGUGCUUUUUCACACCGU